AUGAACCCAGACAGUUGCCCUCAGGAGCGCCCCGAGAGCCCAGAGGAGGAGACCAGGGACGCCUUCAGGGACGUGUCCGUCUACUUCUCCCGGGAGGAGUGGGCGCAGAUGAGCGCCUGGGAGAGAGCGCGGCACCGGAACGUGAAGAGCAACUACGAGGCGCUGCUCAGGAUCGGUCUCAGGGCCCCUCGACCCGCUUUCAUGUGCCACCGCAGGAGGACGGCCAAGCCCCUGGCGGAGGACGCCGAGGACUCGGAGGACUCCGAUGAAGAGUGGACCCCGAGGCAGCGAGUUAAACCUUCUUGGGUGGCCUUCAGAGUGGAACAGAAUAAACAUCAGAAGGCAAAGUCCAGGGUACCAUUAAGUCAUGAGUCUAGUUUGAGGGAAUUGUCAGGAACAGCAACUUUGUUGACUGCAAGUGGCUCAGAGCAGACCCAGAAACCAGUGCCACCUCCUGAAGAAGCAAGCACCUCCGGACAGCACCCUAGACCAAAAUUGGACACCAGGAGAAAGGAAAGCGAAGUGAAGACGUACAGCCUACGACAGAGAAAGGGCCGUGUCUACCAAGAGAUCAACGAGCCCCAGGACGAUGACUACCUCUAUUGUGAGAAGUGUCAGAACUUCUUCAUUGACAGCUGUGCUGUGCAUGGGCCCCCCACAUUUGUAAAAGACAGUGCCAUGGACAAGGGGCAGGCCAACCGCUCAGUCCUCACUCUGCCCCCCGGGUUGAGAAUCGGACCAUCAGGCAUCCCUGCGGCUGGGCUUGGAGUGUGGAAUGAGGGAUGUGAUCUGCCGGUGGGCCUGCACUUUGGCCCCUAUGAGGGCCAGAUCACAGAAGAUGAAGUCGCAGCCAACAGUGGCUACUCCUGGCUGAUCACCAGAGGGAGGAACUGCUAUGAGUAUGUGGACGGAAAGGAUGAAUCUCAGGCCAACUGGAUGAGGUAUGUGAACUGCGCCCGGGAUGACGAAGAGCAGAACCUGGUAGCCUUUCAAUAUCACAGGCAGAUUUUCUACCGAACCUGCCGGGUCGUGCGGACGGGCUGUGAGCUGCUGGUCUGGUAUGGAGAAGAGUAUGGCCAGGAGCUGGGCAUCAAGUGGGGCAGCAAGUGGAAGACAGAGCUCGUGGCCAGGAAAGGUGGGCACCACUCUUGUUUAACAUGGAAAGAAAGA